AUGGCGAAGUCAAAGAACUCGUCCCAGCACAACCAGAGCAAGAAGGCCCACAAGAACGGCAUCAAGAAGCCGAGGACCCACAGAUACCCCUCUUUGAAGGGUACUGAUCCCAAGUUCCGACGGAACCACAGACAUGCUCUUCACGGCACUAUGAGGGCUCUGAAGGAGGCCAAGGAGGGCAAGCGCGACACCGUCUAA